UCUUAGAAGGAAUUGAUUAGAAAUCACCUCCCAUGUCACAGCCACCUCCCAUGUCACAGCCACCUCCAUUGUCUCAGGCGCCGCCACCGAAAUCAUUUCCACCGAUGUCGCAGCCACCUCCAAAGCCACCUCCCAUGUCGCAUCCUCCUCCGAUGUCAGCUGCAAAAUCAUGACCUCCGAAGUCAUUUCCGGCGUCGUGACAACCGAAGUCAGCUGGGGUAUCAUGGCCUCCAAAACCUGGUGCUGGAUCAUUAUCCAAACAAUCGUUCGCUCUAUUAUUAUUUGCAUCAUUCCUUGCACAAUCAAUAUGAAUAUCAUUGUUCAUUCUUAAGUGAUCCUCCAAAUGAGAAUUUAUGACAACUUCCUGAUUUGAGCUAAUCAUCCUAGGAGGGCUACUUUCGCGCUUUCUCUUUCUUGCAGGAGCUUUAGAAGGCUUCUUCUUAACCUGACUAGCAAGAGUUUUCUUAACAGGAGCUCUUAUAGGUUUUUUAGAUUUCUCUUGUGUACUCUUUACGACAAUCUUAGGAGUCUUAUUAGGCUUACUCUCUAAAACAUUUUUAGUCUCAAUUGUAACACUGCUCUUCGGGCUCGAAUCCUUCCUCACAGAAGUUUUGGUAUUCACCACAGGAGAAGGCUUUAGAAUAGUCUUUGAUCCUAGUGUCGCUUCUAGUUUGAUUGGUUCACUAGCUUUAGUAUAUUUACUUGAUGUACAACCCAUUUAA